ACUACAUGAAGGUCAGACUCAAGAACCGGAUUUGGAGUGAUAUAGCAAAGGAUCUGAAUUUGAAAGACGGGGAAGAGACAAAAAAUUCGUGGCUGAAGCUGAGAGGCAGCUAUCGAGAUGCACGACGACGACAGGUGAAAUAUAUGAAAAGCGGAGCUGCUGCUGAGAAUAUCAAGCCGUGGAGAUAUCAAAACCAGAUGUCAUUUCUUGAACCUUUUAUGACAGCUGGUCCACGUGGUAGUAAUCUAGGUGAUGACAGUGAUCACAGCUCACAAGCUACAACUAAAACAUCAGCAAGAAGUGAUACACUGGAAACCGAGGAAUUAGAAGAUAACAACUCACUCGACAAUGAGGCGAAUGAGCAAAGUCAAGAUAUUAAUAACUACGACAGCAACGAAGAGUGUAUAUCGACUGAUUCAGACCAACAGACAGCGUCCCACUAUUCAGAACAGCAGCAGAUGGAAGAUUUGAAGGUCGACACAACUGAAUCCGGUUUGUCUAAUAUCACCGAUUUUGUUCACCGUUUUCAAGAAAUCUGA